UGCAUCGGCAUGCUCUACAAGGACCGGUCGAGUCUAGUCGAGCCCUACGCCCAACACAGAUUUUGAGAAGUUCGCUCCGCAUGGCGCUGGUUGUGCUGAGCAACAGCGGGCUGGUGCUACAGUGCAGUCACCAUCGGCAAUGCGUCUCCAGUGAAAUUUGGUCCCUUCGCUUGCCAUCAUCAUACAGUCGAAGGUUUGCACCUUAUCAGUGGAGCGACCUCAUGGUCUUUUUUGCGAACCAGAUGACCGCUAGGUCUAUACUCCAUGGCUGAGUGGGCAGCUGAGAUAUAAAUGCCCAUCGGAUCCCAUGCUCAGGACGAGUGACCUUGCACACAAAACCCAAGACGUCAGAUAUGUCGACCUUCUUCGACAGAUUCGACGAUCUCUCUUUACAAGGAAGUAACAUGGAGUUUCCCAACACUUUGGGAGACAGAAAACCUGUCGUCCGAGACAUCCUUGCCUCGUUCGUACGGGAUUCGUUCGCGUCUGAGUACAAGUGUGAUGUUUACGACAAGAUCGACGAGAGCCAAGGGAACCGAGAGUUCAAGACCUGGGUAAUUCAUGAUGACUUUGUUGGCACCAUGAUGCAAGCGGGCUGCUUUGACCGGAUAGUAUGGGAGGUGCUCAACAAGUGCCACCCACCAGACGUUCGAGCUCGGAUAUUCCUUGAGAAGCUGCAACAACGGUUCGCCGCAGGAUUUGAUCGCUAUCAAUCUCUUACAACCACACCGCCACUGGCCGACCAGGUGCAGAACACGGUCAUGGUUAUAGCUAGCUCCUUCAUGCGGACUGCCGAAGCUGCUCGCCAGGACUUGCAGCAGCGGACGGAAGGAAGACCAGCGACUGUGCUUUGCUUGCUCAAGGUUCUUGGCAAGGUCUGCCGCUGUCGGCAAGACGUUGCUGCUGUACCUCACAGCAGCCUGUUCUAUCACCUGAUCGUUGGCGCACCUGCCGCGGAGUCAACCUUUCUGCUCGAUGCACUCGAAAUACUCGAGGAUGGCUCCAUUACAAUGUCCGGCGAAUAUCUCAGGGACAUCAGGGAUCAACUCGUUGCGAUUUCAGGACGGCUCCCAAAUACUGUGCCAGUCGCCUACCGAAACAGGGUGGGUGAGCUUACCGGCGCUGUUCAUGCUAGACUGGCCGGCCCUGCUUAGCGACCAUGCGGCUCAAAAGUGUUACAUGGGCGGAGAAAAUCUCAUAUCAUCAUGUCAUGCUGGAGAUGGCCACAUUUACGACUUCAAUCGCCUGAGGAUCUCCGGGUCAUUCGACCGUGGGAGGCUACGGUUGUCGCAGGCUAUCGCGAUUGAUCACAAAAUGGCUUUCUGGCUGCACUUUGGUCUGCUACCUGCGUUCGCCUGUCUCGUUGUGUGUAGUUGUCUGCGAUGGAUAAUUCUAAUAUCAUCACAAUUUUACGCCUGGCCUGACCUGCGCUGGGCUGUCCGAGAGGUUUGGUCCAUGCAUCAGUACCUAGGUACUCUUCUCCUGGUCACCAGCACCUCUCAUUUGCAGGCACUAUCUCGGCUCUUGACUUCGGUAUAUUUCUGUCCGUGCACGGCAUUCCGCGGGGUAUUUUCU